GAUGAAUACUUUAAUGCAAAAGAUGCGCACACUCACAUGACUCUUUGCCAAUACAUAUUUCUCUGGACUGAGAUUUCAGAGCAAACCCUCAUUGUAGUUUGUUGUAGAUUUCAAAGCCCAGCCCCCUCUCCACCAAUCCCAAGCGGCAAACUAUAUUAAAAAUAAAAAACCCAUUUUCCCUUUCCCUGGCUCAUAUAUUAGAUGUACUCUGUUCUACUUCUACCAGACCUACUCCGAUCAGCGAUCUGAAAUCGAACCCCCUUUCAUUCUUUUCUCUAUUUUAAUCAAUACCCUUUGAUCUUUUACUAUAUAUUCUGGAUUUUCAGUUACUCUAGCCUUUUUCAGGUCAAACCCAAUUUCUACUUUGUCUUCUCUUUCACUCUUUUUCAGCAGCCGUAAUAGUAUUUGGUUUCAUCUUUUCUCCCCCAGAAUACCAACUCUGACCGGUUGAUCAUAUCUGGGUUUUUUCUGUACUGGGUUUUUUGUGUACUUCACAGAAAACCCAACUUGAAUUUUCACCAAAGAAUCAACCUUUUUGCUGCACCAUGAUCUGCUCUGUGAAACAAUCCCCGGCGAUCACAAAUGGCUGUGAUGUUUUUCUCCGGCCAAAAGCUCGGCCGUCGGUGCAAGGAUCUUUGCAUUUGCCGUCUCUGCCUUUGAAGAGCUUUCAAAGGUCGGUGCUUUCGGUACAGAAGCCUCUGCACGUCUCUAGUAUAGAGACCUUUGGAUCACUCAAGGCUCGAACGAGUUUGAUCAAAUGUCAGGCUUACGAGGCAGAUCAGUCAGAGCCGAUCGAGCUUCCAAAGGUGGACACUCGAUCGGAGGCGGCCAAGAAGUUGAAGAUCGGUGUGUAUUUUGCUAUGUGGUGGGCUCUGAAUGUGGUGUUCAAUAUUUACAAUAAGAAGGUGUUGAAUGCGUACCCGUUUCCUUGGUUGACCUCCACUCUGUCUUUGGCAUGCGGGUCUUUGAUCAUGUUGGUGUCUUGGGCUACCAGGAUUGCUGAGGCGCCCAAGACUGAUAUGGAUUUUUGGAAGGCUCUGUUUCCUGUUGCUGUGGCACAUACAAUUGGACAUGUAGCUGCAACUGUUAGUAUGUCUAAGGUUGCAGUUUCUUUCACCCAUAUCAUCAAGAGUGGAGAGCCUGCUUUUAGUGUAUUGGUUUCGAGGUUCCUGCUGGGCGAGUCCUUCCCUACUUCGGUCUACCUCUCCCUUCUUCCAAUCAUUGGUGGUUGUGGUCUUGCUGCCUUGACAGAGCUGAAUUUCAACAUGAUUGGAUUCAUGGGGGCCAUGAUAUCAAACUUGGCAUUUGUCUUCCGAAACAUAUUUUCAAAGAAGGGCAUGAAGGGGAAGUCUGUUAGCGGAAUGAAUUAUUAUGCUUGUCUAUCUAUUAUGUCUCUCAUAAUUCUCACACCAUUUGCAAUUGCGGUGGAGGGACCCAAGAUGUGGGCAGCUGGAUUUGAAACAGCCAUGGCGCAAAUUGGUCCCAACUUGAUAUGGUGGAUGGCAGCCCAGAGUGUCUUCUAUCAUCUAUACAACCAGGUGUCAUACAUGUCGCUAGAUGAGAUCUCUCCUUUGACAUUUAGCAUAGGGAACACCAUGAAACGUAUUUCUGUCAUAGUAUCCUCCAUCAUCAUAUUCCACACACCUGUCCAGCCUGUCAAUGCUCUUGGAGCUGCUAUUGCAAUUUUCGGAACCUUCUUGUAUUCCCAGGCAAAGCUGUGAGGAGCCUGUGCUGGGGAAGACUUACGUAUAUCGUGUAUCAUAAACGACGGGAAGGGAGACUUCUGGUGUAGAAAGAGACGGGAAGAAGAGGUGCUGUGAAACUCCAUGGUUACCGGAUUUUUGGUUAUAUGAAUAAACCAAGAGCGUGUAAUUGUAGAUACUAAUAAUGGUUGAAACGGCACUAGUGUUAUACAAGGAAAGUAGGCACUAUUUUUUGCUCUUUUUUUUUGUUUAAAUUCAUGGAGACUGAAGAGAGAUAUUUCAAUAAGCAAGGAUUAAUAUCUGCAACAGUGUGUAUCUGUUGCUUUGAGAAGCAUAAAUGACAAUGUGGGCCCUUGGCUUAAUCGCA